AUGAACGAAUCGUUUCUCUACCUCUUGGUUCUCAUCAGUUUCCUUCUUCUGUCAACGACGAGAGCACAAGAUAUCUGCUACCCAGAUACAUGUUCCGAUCCCGAAUUGGAGACAUUCUUCUCAUAUCGAGCAUGCUGCCAAACAGAAUGCUGUAGUAAGCUGAGAUUUUUUGUGAUACCAGCAUCUUUCAUUGGCGUAGCAUUCGUUUUGGGUGCCUUUUUCGCUCUUUGCUUUCAAUGCCGAUAG